CAUGCCAUUGAAAUCAUAGAAAUUUGUUUAUGUAUCAUCCACUUACUGCAUCCAAUGAUAGAAAGAAAACACACUCACCCUCUUCCUUUGGAUCUCACUCUUUCUCUUUCUCUUCUAGUUGCCCUCCCAGUGAAAUCAAAGAAGCAACAACUUCUCAAAAACUAUGUUGUCGCCCUUUCGAUCCAGUUUCCCCCCGAUCUGAAAUUGUCGAGAUUAUCAAGCCCAAACACCACUGGAAAACCCAUUCUUUUCUUCUUCCUUUCUUUUCCUGUCAACUGGAAUAACAAUCCAAACACCCCUAAAUGUUGUAUUCCCGCUCCGAGGCUACCAUCGAUUCUGAAAUAAGAAAACAUAAGGGAGCUGCCGAUUGCAGCCCCCAUCGUUCGACGAAGAACCACCUAAACCCCCUGAAUGCCGACUGAUGUCGAUGUGCUUCCCUUUUCUCGAGCUGUGGCUGCCGACGAACCAAAUGCACCAAGGAAGGCUCGUCGGAGACCGAUCGCUGCUACGGUUCAUCACCGGAACAUCCUCCUCGCCAUCACAGCUGUUGACGAUAACCAUCACCAAGCCACCUCAGUUUGCUUCUUCAACCGUUCGAUCCUUUCCCUUCCUUGAUCUGUGGAGAAGACGACGAAGGACUCACCGGAGAUCGACCUCCCCGUCCCUCCUCACGAUUUGAAUGACCACCAUUGAAACUCCUUCAUCGCUUCCUGUUCAUUCGUUCCUCUCGAUCCCCAAAACAGAUGAAGAAGAUGAGGCGUCGACCCUUUGGUAUAAUUGAUGAAGUUGUCAAAAUCAGUCCCUGCAAUUGUAGCCAAAAAUCAAAAUCAGCCAUUUGAUAAAACCCUUAUAAACCUAGUCCCAUGUGAUUUAGUCUUUUAAAAAAUAGUCCCUAAACUGUUUUAAAAGAUCAAAAAUGGUCCCUCUGUGUAAAAUAAAUUACAAAAUAACUUUUUCUCUUAAAUAUAAGAUAUUUGAAAACAAGUACCAUUAGUUUAAAACAUUACCAAACAAACCCGUAAACGUUUUAAAGUCCAAGAAAGGUGACCUCACGGUUAUUCACGAAAAGCUUCACCAAAACGAAUCGAGAUCGAGAUCAUGCAUCAAAUGUAAUCGAUCAAAAGUCAUUACAAUGUCCAUGGAUAAUUCACAAACCAAUCCAAUCAACAUCUCCAACAGCAUUGGUUCUAUGACAAGGAUACCAAUCUUGUAUACACAAGACUAUGAAGUUUGGACGCAUCACUUUGAAGAUUAUGUGAUUGGAUCGGAGGAUAAUGGAUACUUGAUCUGGGAAGCGAUCACUGUUGGCCCAUUCGCUCACUCAAGUACCUCUAAGAUUGUCAAAGCUCAGAAAGAGAACAAUCAGCUUGUUAACGAUGUCAAAGAUAUUCCUCAAGACGAGAAGGAAAAGUGUCAAUGCAACAUCAAAGCCCUGAGGAUGAUAAGGUUUGCGCUGCAGUCAGAUACGUUUCGUUUGGUAAGUUCUUGUGCCACGGCUAAAGAGAUCUGGGAUAGAUUAAAAGAAUUUUAUUCCACUGACGAAGAUUUGGAACAUUCAAUUCAAACUCUCUUGCUGUCUGAAUUUGGAGACUUUAAGCAGAAGCCUGAAGAGAAACUUGUUCAAGCCUUUGAUCGCUUCAAUCAUCUUUUAUGUAAGAUGAUAAAUCAUGGGAUUGAAAGGAAAGUUAUCGAACAAAAAGUUACUUUCAUGAAUGGUCUCAAAUCCGGAUGGAUGGCUGUUGUAUCUACAGUUAAAGCUCAUGAACAGUUCAAGUCAUAUUCUCUGGCGAAACUAGUGGGUAUUUUGAAAUGCCAUGAAAGUGCACUGUCUAAGGAAACGAAUGUGGUUUCCACUCUGGGUUCUUUAGCUCUUGUCUCUAAAGGAAAAAGCUCAGUUGAAGAAGAAGAGGAAUUAGAUCUUGCCAAUUAUGAUCUAACCGGUGAAGAAUAUGCCAUGAUGGUGUCUAAUCCCAGAAAAUUUAUAAAGACGAAAUUCCCAGCAGACAAGAACCGAAACUGGAAGGGUAGUUAUAGCGCCGAAAAGAUCAAGGAGGAACCGAAGAUGGUAUCAAAGUCUGAAGAGUCGAAGAAAGAAACGAAAGUUGGAGGAGACUCAGGAUUCGACUGCCAUUACUGUGGAGGCAAUAACCAUUUUGCAAAAGAUUGUAUGCUAAGAAAGAAAGAAGAAAAGAUAAAUGAAGAAGAUGAGGAAGCGAGCCUCCUGAGAAGACUGGAGGAAAUCAAGAAAAGAAAGUCUGCUGCUAACAAUACUACCAUGAAUGCUUUAAUUGUGCAGGAUACAGACAACUGUGAUAAUUCGGUGGUGUGGAAGUUUGGUCCACAGAUUCAGAGGAUGAAGAAGUCAGGAAGCCCACUCAUGGGAAGGCUAUGCUGGUAAAAGAAGAACAUGUACCAGGAAGGUGCUUUGUGGUAACCGAAGGUGUGUCUCAAAUGACAGGAUAUACAACCGACGGGGGAAUAGAACGCGAGAAUGUCACACCCCAAAACCGAUGGCGGAAACAUUCCGGGGCGGAGGACAUCAUGUAAAGUAUCACAACCAAUGUACAUAGCAAGCAUAGUAAACACAACAAUUACAUCACAUAGGAAUAUUUACAUUUGUUUUAAAGCAAGAAAAUACAUGUUUAAUCUAUACAUCAGUAUAACAAAAGUAAAGACGUGAAUUCUAUA